GAAGUGAGAACCCGUCCCCCAAACCCAAAUCCAAACCAAAAAACACAACACUACACAAAACCUCGGCAACAGCAGAGAGAGAGAGAGAGAGAGAGUGACUUCCCCCUUUCCCCAUCCAUCUUCUUCAUCUUGUUGGUUCUCCCAUGAAUAAUUCCAAGAAACAAGAAGAGGAAGACGAGGUUUUCCUCCCGCACCCCCCCGAUCUGUCCCCUCCCCACCCCCCCGAUGCGUCCUUCUCUCUCCUCUUCCCCUCCUCCCCUUCCUCCUCACACUCCUCCCCUUCUCCUUCUUCACCCCCCAAACCCCUCUUCAUCUCCCCCGACCCCCACAUCUCGUCCCAGUUCUACACCUUCACCCCCUCCUCCCACGCCCUCAUGCUCCGCUCCCUCCUCCUCCGCCGCCUCCCCUCCCCCUCCGACAUCCGCUCCGCCACCCCCCGCUCCGUGCUCUCCUCCUGGCGCACCGUCUGGAAGGACCGCAACGAGGACACCGCCUACCUCACCGCCUGGAAACGCAUCCAGGACAAGCUUACCACCCACCACGACCCUGAUUCCAACACCCACUUCCUCUGCUUCAAAAACAACCCCCACCAAUUCGUCCCUCACGUCAACCAGUGGCAGCACAUCGUCAUGUCCCACCACUCCGACUCCGACCUCUGCCACCUCAACCUCAAGGACACCCUCGACCGCAUCAAGCACCACUGGACUGUGGGCGCCAAAUUCUACGGCAUCCCGGAGAGCUUCAUCCGCGUCUGCGUCGCCGCCUGCCCCGUCUGCUCCUCUGCCACCACUGAGGGCGGUUCCUCGGAUCCCUCCGUGGCAGCGCGUGGCAAGCGGCGGCGGUUCGAGUACACCGAGAGCUUCGACGUGCCGGCCAGGGAGGUCCCCAGCCGGCUCCAGCAGCUUGCUGCAAAGCACAAGGUUGUGCUUUGCAUAAGGCAGAAGUAUAUUAGGUAUAAGCCUUUUAUGGCUGAGGUUAAGGACUAUGCUUGCCAUAGGGCUGGGGAGCCUGCUGCUAAGAAAUCUAAGGUUUUGAAGAGGGAGCCCUAUGCUUCCAAGAGGUGUGGAUGUGGGUUUAGGAUUAGGGCAAUUGUGCCGAUUGCAAAUUAUAAUGAGAAGGAUAAGAGUUUUGUGUAUCAGGAGGAAGGGGUGGCGGUUUUCAAGCUGUAUGCUGUGCACUCCGGGCACGAGCCGGGGCCGUUGGACGGGAAUGCAAGGAUUAUGCAUAGGGUUGUUGGGCAUAAGGGGGGUGGGUUUUUGAUGGAUCAGGAGAAUAAUGUUUAUGGGGUGAGUGAGGAGAUGGAGGGGGAGGGAGGGUUUGGGGGGUUGUUGGGGAAGGAGGAUGGUGGUGGGGAUUUGCAGUUUUCGGUGAUGCAGCAGGUGCAGGAGUUGAGGAAUGAGGUGGGGAUGUUAGAAGGGAAGGUUGGGAAGAUGCCAAGGGAGAUGUUGGGGGCUAUUUCGAGGGAGUUGUUCGAGGUUUUGAAUAAGGUUAGGAGUAUUGGGGAGGUGGGGUUGAAGCCGGGGAUUGAGUUGAUUGCAGAUAAGGCUGUGGCACACGGGGUGGUGGAGGAUGAUGUGUUGGUUGGGGACAAUGAUUUGGCUAACUGGAGCAAUCAUCACGAGAGGAUUUAUGGGGAUGGCAAGGACACCGAGCUGAUUGAGGAUGACGAGGAUAGUUUUGGCCGGACGCUGGGAGAGGUUGUUUCGUGGGGUGAUCAGAUGACGACAGAGUGCAGGAGUCAGAAGGAUGAUCUGAUGAGUGACACUUGUAAGCCGGAGAAGUGGUUGAAAUGCAGCGACUUUGAUGAGAAAAGCAUUCUUGAUUGUGAGGACAGUAAACUAACCAAGCCCGUUAGAUUGAUCAGACACGACGAGGGUAUAGUGUCGGAUGUAGUAGGUCUUGGCUGUAUGCAGGUUGACAGUUUCUACCCGGACAACCCUAAAUGGUAUGAUUCUCCUUGUGCUUUGGAUACUGGUGCUGAUUGUGGAGAUAGUGCAUUCCGUCAUGGAGAGAUUUUAUAGUGCCAUCCAUGAACAUUCAAGUUAAUCUACUCUAACUUAGAGAUCAAAAUCCAUCAAGGCUAUUUACCAACCCCUUCCAACCAAUAGAAGAGGGAUUGUACAUUUCUGUAUACAGAAGAUUGGAGCCGCUCACAUGAUGCCUUUUAGGUGUAUUUAUUAUUCUUGCUUGUGGUUCUGUAAAGUAUAACCAGUAUGCUUCUUGCACAUAACUUUGUUAUGAGUAUGACUAUAUCUGAUAACCUUGUUCACGGCCUUUGGCUUUCUUGGUCCGUAUAAUGCACAUGAGCACAUCAGUGUUUUCAGUAAUCUGCUUUUGAACUUCUAGAGAUUUUUGUGUGUAUUGUGAGGAACUACUACUGGUGAUUUAUUUCCUUAUUGAACUAUUGUGUGUUUGAAAUUUUCUCUAUUGACUUAUAUGUGCUGUACUCCCUAGCCAUUUGCUUUUACAUAUUUACUCAUUUCUUAUAUGUAAAAGAUCAUUUGGCUUCUCACUUCUGGUUCAAUUUGAAGAUUAACUACUUUUACAUAGUGGUGAGACAACCCAAUAUAUCAUCAGCAGCACAGCUCCAUUGUUUAUUUCAUCUUGGCACAUGUCUUGGCAACCUCUUUUGUACUGAAUUGAAGAAUGAAGGUUUUUGAUGCCAUAAAGCAUGCCUCAAGUUCCCAUUGGUUCUGAGGGAGACUGAUCUGGAGGGAGAUGCUGGACGCUGCAAUGACCAAGAAGAUCUAUGGCCUUAAAUUAGGUAUGCUUCCACAUACCAUUAGCAGGCUUGCAGUUUUGAGAUGAAAGCACACCAUAGAAUCUAUGCCUGGUUUUUUGUUGUGUUUACUAUGCUAGAUAUGAUCCAUUUUGAAGUCUUGGAUCUCUAUGAUGGUACAUUCUCUUGCAUACUUUUAAUCUUUAUGAAAUUGAUCAUAUUCUUCAUUUGUGACUUUAACUUUCCUUUUAGUUCUGUGCAAUAUUUAUAAUAGUAAAUAUAAUCCAAGAUUUUAUCAGGUUGAGUUGAGAAUCAAGGAAUUUUGAUUUGAUUUGAUCUGACAACAGUAUACCAAGUUGGGCUCUGGAAUAUUCUGUAACUUUCAACUGUUAGAACAUAACAUCAUAUGCUGUCUAAUGUCUCGCAACAGUAGACCAUAAUUUUGAGGUGUUAUCAUUAGUUAUACAUAUAUAGAAAACAGGAUUUGGAUAUUUAGACACAGAAGAAUGCAAGAGACUAUGUAUUGGUUGAUAUACAUGUGUACCAUCUGAUGUUUUUAAACAUUACAAAACAUGUAAAUUCCAUCAGUUGCACCUUUUGAUGGCUGGGAAACAAGCCAUGCUUUGAUUUGGCAAUGAUUAUGAGAAAAAAAAUGAGAAGCAAACAGUCACAUCCAUCUUUUCCUUUUUGUUAUCAUUUAGGUCCAUGAACUUGAUUCUUUACCUGCUUUGAGAAGAACAUAGGAACAUUAGACCUGAGACCAAAAUUGGCUCUUUUCUCUUUGCUUUGUUUUAUUGGGAUUAGGGAAUUGUUCAUCUGUGACCCUUGGCUGUAUUGUUGUUCUGCUUUGCUAAUGUUCAGAAUUUUCUUGUCUUUUGUUCUUCUGUGUAUGUUUUAUUACUGAAGUCUGUGAAGGCUUAAAGACAUGGAUCCUAUUGUUAUGAAUCUUCGUGUAGGAUUGAGUCACUGGCCUAGACACGGAAGACUCCUUGCAACCUAAAGUGAAAGCGAGAAACAGACUCCUCCUUGACGGAGCCCCUCCUAAACUAAACACAAGUUUUUUUUUCUGAAAAUAAUUUCUCUGAUAAUAUUUCAAUCAGGUCUGCCCUUUAAAGAAGACUUACAAAGAGAUCCCUUAUUAAUAUAAUCACAACUAGCAAUCAUCCUAAUAUAAAAUAAUAAUAGAUCUGAAAUCACGGAUUCUAAUAGUAUAUCUUAUCAAGAUAGGUAAAUAUAAAGAAACAAAAUGAACUAAAAUAAUUCAAGACUUAAAUAAAGAGAUAUCAUAAUCCUAAUUAGUGUUCCACAUCACCUAGUUAUGUGACCAGUGUCUUUCUCUUAUUAGUCUAGUAGUCUCGUGCAGAUGAUCAAAUGUGACAUUGGUAUUUCUUAUAGGAGAGAAUGAAAGAGUUAUUUACAAAUGUCUUAAAUAAUCAUUCUUAUGUUAACACGUGUUAUAUUGAUGCAAAUAAUUCUGUGUUAGUAAUGGUGCAAAUAAUAUCUUUAGAUACACUAUUCGAUGUGAUGCCAUACUUGAGUGUUAAAAACUACAUAUGAUUCACAGUUCUACAAAGGAGUCUCCUAGUCAUUUUGACAUAGUUUAUCUCUUUCUAGUGAUUGAGUUGUUCAGAAUAUCAUUGAAUUUCAGUUGUUAAAUCAUUGGUGAUAUUUAUGAACUUGGUCUCUAAUAUUCUCAAACAGAACAGCAGAAGAUGGCUAUUUUGCAUUUCUGUAGGCUCAGUGCUUAAUCCUUGAGGACUCGUGCUUUGGUGAAGUUCCAUAAAAAAACGAGAUUCUGCUUUGGUAGAUAAUUCUCGGUUAUGUUUGGGAGAGUUGUAUUGCUGGAACCUUACUCCGGGCAAGUAUUUGCUCACAAAUUCCCGUGCCAAAACUUGGAGUUCCCUAUCCUCGAGUUGUUGAUCUGAUUGAUUGAAAACGACGCUGCUUAACUCUAAUGAUGCUGAAUGUGGCUGAAGAGGAUCAAAGUGCAUCAUAGGGGCACUUUGCAAGUCAGCAUUUGAUGCCAAGUGAUCUGAGGAAUGAAAGGUUGGUGGUGGUGAAGAGCUUUGAGGGUGUGGAAGAGGAGCCACUUGCAUUGGCAGUCGCUGCAUCGUCGCGAGACGAGCCUGGACAUAGGUUAACUCAGCCUGCAAGUUCAUGACCUGCACCAUUCAAAUUAAGAUAUAGUAAACCAUUUUGUGUUUUCUACCAGAUUAUGGCAUAUAAAACAGCCUAGAUGCAAUGUUUUAGAUUUGAGAGUUUGUCACCUCUCUGGUUUGUUUGCGCAAUGAGAUGCUAGAAAUCACACUCUACUAUUGGUUUUAGUUUGCUUGAAAUCACAAAAAUUGUGUGGAUUCCAUUUCUUA